AUGGGCCCGUAUGUGCCACCAGGCCAGUCGCCGCCCUUUGAGGUCGUCGAUGACUUGCACCAUGGCGCGUGGGUGAUAAUCACUGCUGCACUGGGGCUAGUUGUCUCCCUCGUGUGUUUUUUGAUUCGGUUAUAUGUGCGGCUCAUGCUGAUCCCGCCGUUUGCGCGCGACGAUUGGGUUUUAUUGGGCGCUACGGCUGUUGCUGUAGUGCAAUCAAGUCUCAUCUUCUAUGCCUGCUCACGCGGAUUCGGGACUUCUAUAUCGCUAUUGAAGGAUGGUCGACUCGAUCAGAUUCAAGCUGUAAGUUGUCGUUCGAUAUCCCCUUACUUUGUUCCAAUGGACCAAACUGAGCAGCGACCUAAGUUAAUUGCAACAAGCGAUAUAAUCGCGCUGAUCAUCAUCUACCUCUCCAAAUGCUGCGUCGUGGCUAUCUACCUCCGCCUCACGCCACAAAAACCACAUAACCGUGCAUCCUGGGCGACACUAGCUCUGUGUACUGCCUGGGUCAUCCCGGCUAUAUUCAUUGUCCUAGUUAACUGUGAGCUGAACACACCUUGGCGGAGUGACGGCGGCGAAUGCAGCGACUUGUACAUACGAUGGCAAUUUAUCGCCGCAGUCGAUGUUAUAACCGAGCUCCUUCUUUUCCUCCUAGCCGUCAUCCUCCUAAAAGGCCUCUUCAUGUCCGUCAGCCGCAAAUUAGCCGUCGGCUUCGCAUUUAUAUUCCGCUUUCCCCUCAUAAUCUUCUCCCUAAUCCACAUCUCAUCCCUCCACACAUCCCUAAACAGCAAAGACACAACCCUCGCUGCCGUCAAACCAACAAUCUGGAUGCAAGUCGAGCUCCACUAUGCCCUAGUCGCAUGCAGUGUAUUCUGUCUCCGACCCUUCAUGGCAGCCGUCAGCACGAACUACGGUACGGCGGGCGACUCGACACUGGAGAGUAGCUCGAGAUCAAACGGGACGAAAGAAAGCUCGAAGUCUGGGUCCGGGUCCGGCUCGAAUUCGAAUACCGCUACGAGAUCGAUGUCGCGGUCUCGCAUACAGAGGAAAAGAGCCGGGACAGGUGCAAGACCGCCGCUGGUUACUCCAGCCGUUAGUGGUUCUGGGUUGCGGCGGUCGGGGAAUCAACGCCCCCGGCUGAAUCCUUCCUUGUGUGUUGAUAGCAGGCCGCGUGUGCACGGAGCGCUUGGGAACAAUCGAAAGGAUGGGAAGAAUGGCAGAUCGGAUACGGUGCGUGAGCCAAUACGUCGGUCGAUGUUCCCGCUCAGCGCGCCAGGCAAGGACUUAAGCUUUCAGAUACCGGCAAAGCGAAAUAAUGGUGCGAGGGCUGGGUCUGUGGGUUCAUUUGCGACAGAAUCGGACUUGAUUGAGCUUGUACCGUGGCCGCAUAUUCGGCAUGCGAGUGGUGCAUCUGAGCGAGGGGAUUGUGGAGAGGGGGCUGAUAAGAUGGUUAUUCAUAAGGAGAUUCGGUACUCUAUUCAAUAUGAAGACGAGGCGGAGGUGAGGAGGCGCGAGGAUUUGAAGAUUAAUUCUGUUGAUGUUUCUGCUUAUGUAUAA